AUGUCUCCAUCCCCCAACCAACAACAACAGGCCGCCGGUGAGCUAAAGACUGGCGGUCUUCACGAUGGCGAUGCCAUUUCCGUCGACUCUCCCAGCAAUGCCACGCCUGAGAAGCGGUCCGGCGAGCCCGCUGCUCCUUAUACUGAGAGCGACAUGGAGAAGCCGCCUUUUGUGUUUACGACCAAGGCCAACGGCGAAGAAGAGGCUUUUGACGAAGACGACCCGAGACUGAAGGACAUCCCAGCCUACGUGCGCCGCAUCGUUUCGCUGCACGACGACCCGGAUUUGCCCUGCCUUACGUUCCGAUACUUCCUCCUCACAAUUAUUUUCGUUAUUCCCGGCGCGUUCCUGUCGAUGAUGAGCCAUUUCCGCACGACGUAUGCGCCCUACUCCAUCUUCUUCGUCCAGAUUGCCUCGAGUUACUGCGGCGCAUGGCUUGCCAAGAUCUUGCCGGCGUGGGAGGUCAAGGUCCCAUUCACCAAAUUCAGCUUCAAUCUCAACCCGGGGCCGUUCAACGUCAAAGAGCAUGUCCUGAUUACCAUUUCCGCGGCAUCGGGCGCUACCUACAACUUGGGAUACACCCCCGUUGCGAUGGCCGAGCUUUACUUCAACUCCAAGAUUCACCCUGCAGCGGCGAUUUUCUUCAUGUGGGGCAUUGUGUGGACUGGCUACUCGUUUGCCGCACUGGCUAGACAGUUUUUGAUCUACGAUCCUCAGUUCCCGUGGUUCACGAAGCAGCGCGAGGCCCCAACGGCUUCGUCCCGCAAGCAGACAAGAGUUUUCUUCUGGGCUCUCCUCGGCAUGACCAUGUGGCAGUUCCUGCCCGAGUACAUUUUCCCUAUGCUCGGAUCGCUGGCCUUCCUCUGCUGGGUGGCACCCAACAACGCGGUAGCCAACUUUGUCGGUUCCGGAUUCGGAGGAAUGGGCUUCUUGAACCUUUCGCUGGACUGGUCUAACAUCUCGACCAACGGAUCUCUCUUCCUGACUCCGUGGUGGACUCAGGUCGUCAUGUUCUGUGGUUUCGCGUGCAGCUGCUGGAUCUUGAUUCCGGCGGCCAAGUACGGCCACCUCGGUGAGUGGCACGGGCACUUGAUGUCAAACAGACUCUUCCUCGAGAACGGCACGUCGUACCCGAUCACGAAGCUGCUUACUGCAGAUGUUUCGUUCAACGAGACGGCGUACGCCGAGUACGGCCCCCCGUUCGUCAGCACCCAGGUUCUGUGGACCAUGUUCUUUGACUAUGCUGCUUAUACUUCUGCUAUUGCUUGGGCUGCUCUCUUCGGCUACAAGACCAUCAAGAGCAGUCUCUCGAAGAUGAUGGAUCGCAUGAGAAACGGAUCGCAAAUCAGCACGCAGUACAACGACCAGCUCAGCAUCCUGCAACGAAGCUACCAGGAAGUACCCUUGUCUUGGUUUGCCGCCCUGUUUGCUGCCUCGGCCAUCGCUCUCAUCACCAUCACGGCCACCGGAAACAUGUUCAUCCCCGUGUGGACAUAUUUCGUUGCCAUCGGAACUGGCGCGAUUCUCGUCGUUCCGCUUGGAUGGUUGUAUGCGCUUAGCAACUUCCAGUUGGCCAUUGGUACAGUCAACGAGCUGCUUUACGGAUUGAUGGUGAACUCCGUCAGUGGAUUUAAGAACCCUACCGGUGCUUCGGCGUACGGUGCCAUCGCCGGAAACGCAUGGUACCGCGCGCAGCUCAACCUCCAGGACAUGAAGGUUGGGCACUACAUGCAUCUGAGCCCCAAGGCUGUGUUCUUCUCUCAGGUCUUUGGCUCGUUCUUGGGUGUUCCCAUCAACUAUGCUGUUGUUCGCUGGGUCUUGGACACCAAGUUCGAUUACCUUACAGGAGCAAAGGAGGACCCCGCGCAUCAGUGGACUGCGCAGUCUCUUACCUCCAACCUCACCAUGGGUGUGCAAUACGUCCUCAUCGGUCCCCGAAGGCUCUUCCAGCAGCACAUCUACAAGGUCCUCCCGUACGGCUUCCUCGUGGGCGCCUUCACUCCCCUUCUCAUCUACGCUCUUCACCGCGCCUUCCCCCGCGCCAAGUUGCAGUUGUGGAACUCGACCAUCUUCUUCUCGGCCAUGGCUAGCUUCUACGGUAACAUCAGCACCGGAUACGUGAGCAGCUUGAUCGGUGGCUUCGUGGUCAUGUUCUGGGCGUACCGCUACCGGUAUGACAUGUGGGCCAGAUGGAACUAUAUCCUGGCUGCUGCUUUCGACGCGGGAUUCAACUUCAACAUGCUGCUUACUUUCCUCUUCUUCGGUGCUGGAAAGAUCGUCACCAUGCCGAAUUGGUGGGGUAACGAUGCAGCGAGUUCUGAACGUUGCUUUGCUCUCGAUUGAGCCUACUGAAAGGCCAAAGUGCUUCUUCUUGUGUUGGAAGGGAUUGUUGUAAACCAACAGAAGUAGGAUGGUGCUAUGUUUGGUAUAGCAUAUUUAAACGAAUGAAAUGAAUAUUUAAUCGUACAAAACUUGCUCACUGGCAACCAAAGCGAAUCUCAAGGUACUCAAUGGUGCACUGAUACGCCGGGACUAAACGAGGGAGCCAAGAAAUUCCUCUUGGAAACCUUCUCAAACAGCCUCAUCCCCCCCACCUUAGCGAGCAUUGCGGCAACGUCACU